AUGCUCACAGUAUUCAACAAAUCAAACCUGAGUGUGGUAGUUCAGUGUUUCAUUAGAUGUUAUUCGUUGGUUCACCCAAGAUCUAAAGUUGUCAAUUCUACAGAUGAAGCAUUGGAGGGGGUUACCUCCAAUAUCACGCUACUUUCAGGUGGCUUUGGUCUUAGUGGGGUUCCCGACACCAUCAUCAAUGCACUUGUUAAAAAACCGGAGAUCAACAACAUUACUGCUGUUUCAAAUAAUGCAGGACUUGAUGGCCGUGGGUUAUCGCAAUUGCUAGUUACUGGCCAAAUCACCAAAAUGAUAAGUAGUUACAUUGGAGGUAACAGAACUUUUGAAAAAUUGUAUUUGACUGGGGCUAUAGACUUGGAGUUGACCCCUCAGGGUAACUUGGCUGAACGAGUUCGUGCUGGUGCCGCUGGUAUUCCCGCAUUCUAUUCACCAACUGGUGUCGGUACAUGGUUAGAAGAAGGGAAGUUGCCAGUGAGAUACGACUCCAAUGGUGAAAAAGUUUUGAAAGCUAGUCAAGCUCGCGAAGUGCGAGAGUUCAAUGGAAAAAAGUACUUGUUGGAACCAGCAAUAUUUGGUGACGUGGCACUCGUUAAGGCGUAUAAAGCUGACACGUUGGGUAAUUGUUGGUUCAGAGGGGCUGCUAGAAACUUCAACUCAGUGAUGGGAAGAAAUGCUAAGUUAACCAUUGUUGAAGCAGAGAAUAUUGUUGAACCGGGUGGAAUCACCCCUGAAGAUGUUCAUCUACCAGCAAUAUACGUCGAUCGAGUCAUCCAGUCCACUACACCAAAAGAUAUAGAAAUUUUCAAGUACUCCGAAACCAGUCAAGAUCCAUCAUUCGAGAAGCCCAAAUCAGAGAAUGAAUUGAAAAGAUCAAAGAUUGUCAAGAGAGCAGCGCAAGAAUUCAAAGAUGGCUCAUUUGCAAAUUUGGGUAUCGGAAUGCCUACUCUAGCACCAAACUACUUGCCCGAAAACAUCAAUGUCACAUUACAAUCCGAAAAUGGGAUCUUAGGAUUAGGUCCUUAUCCACAUAAAGGACAGGAAGAUCCUGACUUUAUAAAUGCCGGUAAGGAAACUGUUACUCUCGCACCAGGAGCCUCGUUAUUUGGAUCUGAGGAAUCGUUUGCUAUGAUCCGUAGUGGAAAAAUUGACUUGACCAUCCUCGGUGGGUUGCAAGUUGCUUCAAACGGAGAUUUAGCUAACUGGGGCUUACCUGGACGAGUUAAAGGUAUGGGUGGUGCCAUGGAUCUCGUAAGCAACCCACAAGGUACUCGGGUUGUUGUGGUUAUGGAACAUGUUGAUAAAAAGGGAAGACCAAAGAUUUUACCCCAAUGUCAAUUUCCGUUGACUGGUAAAAAGUGCGUUUCAAGAAUAAUCACCGACCUAGCUGUGUUUGAUAUCGUUGAUGAGAAGUUGGUGUUGAUUGAAAUUGAUCCAGAGAGUACCAUAGAGGAAAUUAUGGCCAAGACUGAUGCUCCUUUUGAAAUCUCACCAGAUUUGAAACCUAUAGAAGUUUGA